AUGGCCAAAGCGAUUAUAGUGGCCUCUUCGUGUGGUGUUGACAUGAGUCAUCGUUUCUUUGAGGAGAUAUCGAAUGUGAUUUGGAACAUCAAAGGAGUUCAGCAGACUCUUGUUAUGAAUAUAAAACUGGGAAACAAGAUCGUGGCUGGUGUUCCGAAGAAGUCUCAUCGAUGUUUUCCAUCCGAGCGGCGAGAAACGUCCUGUGGAUUUCGUGGAGGAUCACAGAAAAAUUUGAUGAUUAGGAGUUUAGCAGUAGCCGGUAAUUGCCGAGGCUUGGAAAUUCAUUUUGACGAAAGAGGGAAGAUGGAAAAGCGGUUGAUAAACGUUCCUAAGUUUUCUGGCAGGAAGGCUCCCUCGGCACCAUCGGGAGCUGUGGCCGGUUCGUCUGUAGUGAGUAUUAAUGCUCGGAGAGUUGGGGAGAAGGACAAGAGGGUGGCCGGCCCAGAAGAAAGGGAGAUGAGGAGUAAGUUGUUACCCAUUAAAUUGGAGAGGGUGGAGGACUCUUCUGGAAAGGGGAAGCUCGGCGAGACUUCAUCGAGGAGAGGUCAAAAUCGUCAUGAGGGUUCUACUUUUGGUACGGUAGGAUCUGUUCAGGACGCGAGGCGUACGAUGGUGAUUACACUUUCUGCAGAUAAGGGGACACUGGAAAAGGUAGUCGGUGCGGCCGGCAGGGUCGUCGAGCCUGCCAGAGAUUACUCUUUUAGUCAUUCUUAUAGGGAGUACUCUCCUUUCGAAUCCGACGUUGUUGCAACGCAUAUUUACCAGUGCUCUACUCUUUGGACGGCGGUGGCCACAAAUCAGCUUGACUUCUUAUUGCGUUGGCAGAUCCGUAUCAUGGAGAGCGCACGAGAUGCCACACAGAAAGCCAAGGAUCACGCGAUUGAAAAGCAGAGGUCGGCUAAAAAGAGGGCAAACGAGGCUGAGGAGAAGUUUAAGGCGUCUUGCAAAGAGGUCGAGGAUUACAAGGAGAAGUGGGAGUUGGCAAAAACUCAUUACCGCGAGGCUGUUCUUACUUACACGCUGGCAUCGGGUAUUUGUGAUGAUGUCACCGAGUUGGUAAGCGAUGAGACUCUCCUCCCCAAAGGUACAAUGACUCGUCUGAGGGACAAUAUGAACUCUGUUAAGGAGGCAGCUUUGACGUUAGAGGUCAAAGACAUUCAGGAUAAUGAUUUUGUCGUGAGUCAGAUUAGCAAUUGGAUGGCGCACUUAGCUUCUUCUAAGCUGGUCAUGCCCCCCGAGAGCCAGUAUGGAAGCAUGUCGGUGAGUCUUACUCCCAACAAGGUAGCUUCUCAGUAG